AUGGGGGGGAAACACAUGCUUGGUGUUGCUUUUUUGUGUUUGUUGGCAUGGGCAGCGUGUGGGUCAGAAAGUAGCCCAGCUGACAAACAAGCCAGCCUCAGACCCGCGGCCAGACUAAACAAAGUCCAGCGGCGAGCAGGCUCCCCAGUGCGAGAGAGGAUCACCAACAGACGAGAGGAAAUGCAGGGAGAGGAAAUGCAGGAAGAUGAAAGCAUGCGCUCCACCAGGACCGGCCAAACCAGGAGAGUACCGACAGGGAGCAGUCCUAUGCAGGGUGGGGCUCGAAACCCAGUCCAGCGGGACAGUAGUGUACUUGGAACACGGGCUGGGCUGUCCCGCAUGCCUUCCAGUGCUGGUUCCCCAAACCUGUUAGCAUCAUUUGCAGGGAAAAAUCGUGUGCUGGUCAUCUCAGCCCCUCAUGAGUCGGACGGCUACUACAGGCUGAUGAUGAGCCUGCUUAAGCCAGAUGUUUACUGCGAACUAGCAGAGCGGCAUGUGCAUCAGAUUGUGAUUUUCCAUCAGGAGGGCGAGAUGGGAGGAAAAGUGAGACGUAUUACCAAUGAGGGGAAGGUGAUGGAGGAGCCUUUGGAUACAACCCUUAUUCCUAGGCUCAUGAACUUCCUCAAGUUAGAAAAGGGGAAGUUUGGAAUGGUUCUUCUGAAAAAAACAUUGCAAGUUGAGGAGCGCUACCCAUACCCAGUUAGACUGGAGGCCAUGUAUGAGGUCAUAGACCAGUCUCCAAUGCGUAAGAUGGAGAAGGUCAGGCAGAAGGGUUUUGUGCAGAAGUGUAAGGGGGCAGGGGUAGAGGGUCAGGUGGUUGAGGGUGUCCCCAGCACUGGGACCCAAGUGGACCCGCCCACUGAGAGGCGACCAGAAAGAAAAGAGGUGCGUAAACCCUUCAGAAGACCCAUCCAAACGACCACCACACAGGCUACUACUACAACAAGGCCUACAACUACUACCACAACCACCACCACGACUACUACAACUACAACCACCACCACUCGUCCCACUACAGUUACCACUACCACUCGCCCUACCACAACAACGACAACCACCCACCCUACCACAACCUCCACACAGGCCACCACCAUCGCCCUGAAGACCACACCACUGGCCCCAAAGACCACAGCUGAGAUUUACUAUUACAACCGCAGGGACCGACACCAUUCUAAAAAGACCACCAUCCAGCCCACCACACCUUCUUACUAUUACACCAAAGCCUAUGUUGGGAAGUAUGGGGACAAUCAUGUUGACAGAAAGGACAACAGUCGUAACAGGUAUCCUGGUACCCUACCAACUCAACACAAGCCCAGCAAAGCUAAACCAUCCAAGAAGAAAAAUGGCGAGAGCGGACUGAGUAAUGCAUAUGAGGAUAAGCAUGAAGUUGGCAAACCCACCGACACUUACCCUGAGGAGAAAGAAGUUGAGGUCGUUCCCACCAAGAAAGGCAAAGGCAGGCAGGACAAGGCAGAGAAGAAGAAGAAAAAGGACAAAGCUGACAAGUUGCCAAAGAAGGACAAAUCAGAAAGGAGAGGAAAAGAAGGGAAAGGCAAUAAGAAGAAUGGAAAGAAAGCUUCCAAGACACAUGAAAAAGAAAAAGAGGAGUACCAGAAGCCUACAAAGAAACCCCCACCCACUAAAGGAGCUCUGGCAACGUUCUUGGAGUAUUUUGAGAACAGAAGACGGCUGAUUCUGAUAACAGCUCCAACUGAAGAGAACAGCAUGUAUGUGCAGCAGAGGGAUGAGUACUUGGAACAUGUGUGUGAGAUGGCCAUCAGGAAAGUCUCCAUCAUUACCAUCUUUGGCAGUUUGACCAACAGCACCAUGAAAAUUGACCAUUACCAACUUGAGAGCGACAGGCCUAUGAAGGGUCUGCGGCAGGAGGAUCUGGUGAACCAAGACCUCAUCACAGACCUAAGAAAAGAGUUUGGAAUGAUCUACAACGAUUUCUAUAUGGUCCUUACUGAUAUGGACAUGAAAUGGAAGCAAUUUUAUGAAGUGCCAAUUGCCAUGAAGGCUGUGUUUGGCUACAUUGACACAUUCUCCUCUCGCAUCCGAGAAAUGGAGCAGCAGAAGCGAGAUGGGGUGACGUGUAAAAAAGAGGACAAGCCACGGUCAUUGGAGAACUUCCUGUCCAGGUUCCGCUGGAGACGCAGAUUGUUUGUGAUAUCGGCUCCCAACGAUGAAGAGUGGGCCUACCAGCAGCAGCUCUAUGCACUGUCCAGUCAGGCAUGCAACCUGGGGCUCCGUCACAUAUCAAUCCUGAAGCUGGUGGGAACUGACAUGGCAGAUAUGGGUGGAGUGUUGGAACUGUAUCCCAUUAAUGGCAGUGCCACGGUGGAGCGUGAGGGCUUAUCUGCCACGCUCGUGAAGGACAUCAGGAACUACUUCCAGAUCAGCCCAGAGUACUUCUCCAUGCUGCUGGUGGGCAAGGAUGGCAACGUCAAGUCCUGGUACCCAUCGCCCAUGUGGUCCAUGGCCAUCAUAUACGACCUGAUCGACUCCAUGCAGCUCCGCAGGCAGGAGAUGGCCAUCCAGCAGAGCCUGGGCAUGCGCUGCCCCGAGGACGAGUAUGGCAACUACGGCUAUCACCAUGGCUACCACGAGGGCUACCAGGAUGGCUAUCACCAAGGAUACGGUUACUGAGGGGUGUUGGGCAGCCUGUGACCUUUUCAGACAGGGCUGUGUUUUCCACUGGACUGAGUUUCAGUGUCAGAGGUCACCUUCCAUACUUCCUCUUUACUGUUUUUCCAUUAAUCAUUUACAGCUGUCAGCGUUUGAACAUGCCUCUUUCCUCCUGUAGGUUCACAGCCUCUCCCAUACUGAGGCUGUAUAGUGUUUCACAGCUAUUGACAAUCUUUUGUAGAUAAAAGAUGAUAUACUUUUGUAUUUAUUGGAUGUUUGCUCUGAGUUAAGUGAUCAUUUUGAAGGUCACAACUUGCUUCUUGUUUGAUUUUUGUUACUCUAUUUUUAAUGCACUGUUGCUUAUAUACUGUGUUCUUAUUUAUAUUGAUGCCAA